AUGAAUUCACUCUUCCUCCUCGCCAUGAUGAAGAUGACGAAGAAGAAGAAGAGAUCUUCUCGACCACUAUCGCCUUCUGUCCUUGCUAUGAAAAAGAAGAAGAAUAGAUAUUUUGUCAAAUCUUCACAACAACCGCAACAACAAGAAUCACUUGAAAGUGAAUUUUACUUACCAGAUGACUGCUGGGAGCAUGUCUUCUCAUUCCUCAUCAAUCCAGUCGAUGAAACUGAAGACAAAAACAAACUCUACUUCAAUUCACUAUCUCUCGUCUCAAAACGAUUUCUCUCCAUCGCUAACCGUAUCAUAUUCUCUCUCACACUUUUUUAUCCACGUCUUUGUUAUCUCCCAUGUUUCUUUCAUAGAUUCUCUAACCUUAAUUCCCUUGACCUCUAUUUCUGCGACCAUGAUCUCAGCCCUGAACUCAAUGCAGACAUUGCUUUCGCUCUCCGUGACAAAACAACAUUGAAGUCUUUAUUUAUUUUUGAAAUUGAGCUGAAGGAUGCAAGCUAUGUUUCAUCACAUUACAUUGAUUCUUUCGUGAGUUUGAAGGGUUUGAAUUCUCUCAGGUUCUCGGAUUCGCAAAUAUCUGAUGAUUUGCUUUACUCUAUUGCAAGAGAAGGUCUUCCUUUGAAGACUUUUGUUCUUGAACAUUGUAUCGACUAUAGUUACCCUGGAAUUUAUGGUUUAUUAUCUAAGUGUCACAGGAUACAACAUUUGGGUCUUCAAGGUGUUCAUUUUCUUAAUAAUCAUCAUAUUUCCGAGUUGUCUUUGCUUCUACCUGGUAUGAUAUCUAUAAACCUUAGUGAAUGUUCCAAACUCACAGAAUCAUCUUUGUUUGCACUCAUUAUGAACUGUCACUCACUUGAGGAGAUCAAAAUAGAAUUCUUAUAUAUUAAGAGUGAGAUUGUAGAAAAUGCACAUGCUUUUAGAGAUUUUGAUGUCAACCCUCGAUUAAAGUUUCUACAUUUUGCUGGCAAUUCAUUUAUAAACGAUGAGAUCAUCAUAUUGCUUGCUUCCAUUUUCCCCAAUUUACAGCUUCUUGAUUUGAGUUAUUGUUGUAACAUAUCUGAAAAAAGUAUUUGUCAAGUUUUAAGUAGGUGUUGUAAGGUUAGACAUCUGCACUUGACCAAUUGUGUAGAAGUGAGACGAAUUAAAAUAAAUUUUGUAGCUCUUCAAUUAGAGGUGUUGAAUUUGUCUGGCACAAGUGUUAAUGAUGAAACACUCUAUGAGAUCUCAAAGAGUUGUUGUGGGCUUUUGCAACUAUUACUCAUAAGUUGUAAAUAUGUCACAGAAAAGGGAGUGAUGCGCGUGGUUCAAAAAUGCAGACAACUCAAGAAGAUCUAUUUGAAAUGUUGUGAUAAAGUGAAUGUUGAUGCGGUUAUCUCAAUUAUUUCAUCAAAUCCAUCAUUAGAAAUAGAUAAUUGCUCCAGCUAA